GUCGAACACGUCCAAACUCAGCGCUUGAUACAUUUAUUGUCAGUGCUUCCAGUUACCAUCCAGCUGUGCAUAGGACUUUGAGGAUGAAGUCCGGGGCACACUUCGUCCUGGCCUUCGCCUUGACCGUGGCUGCUGCGAGCCCACCAGUGAAAGUGACUCUAAAAUCUUCUUGGGAAGCAUCUCCACUGCUGCUCGAAAUAAUAGAAACGGUCGCCUCCGAAAAUGCGGACGCUUUCUUCCCCUUCCUCGACCGCGUCACCGACCCAGCCGCCCUCUCCAAGACACCGCUUCCCGAGGAGGCGGUACACCAAUACGCACUCCAGGUAGCCGCGACGAAUGGAUUCCUCUCCGCGCCCGGGGCACUUGCCCUCGUGGAGAUGAACCUCGGAUUGCACACCGCGACGCCGAAGCUGCAGGCGUUCUACAACGCGUAUCCGCGCGAGCGGGAUCCCGGAUGUGGAUCGUGGGUGGACUGGUACGGCCAGGCUGUGUGCGACGUCGCGCAGCUCACCCAGCUUGCGGGUGUCGACACCAUUGGGUCCGCGGACACGACGUUCACGCGACCGAAGCUGUUGGCAUUCGACCACGUAUAUCCACCGCCCGCGCGGACGCUCGACACUCCUCCUCGCACAGCUAUUCUCUACGCAUCUCUCGACUCCGCCAACUUCCGUGAACUGCACUCGUAUCUGUAUGCGCUGGCCGAUAGACCAGUGCAUCCAGUGGAAUACGUGUUCCGUCCGAUUCCAGGACCGAGUACUGGCUCGCGCAACUUUCUUUCUGGCUAUGGAGUGGCUCUCGACCUGAAGAAGAUGGACUAUCUGGCUGUGGAUGACAGGCAACAAUCGUCAGGCUCCGCUGCUCGCGAGAACACUCCUGAAGAGGCUGUCGUUGUCGAUCCUGUCAUGGCUCUGAUCGACUCCUACCCUGAGCCGGAGACUCCUGCAACCGAGAUGACUGCAGCAGCCUUGGCCGCUCUCGGCUUCCAAGCCACACAACUGAUUGCGGAUUCGGACGACCCGCUUGUGACGAUGGGCCAGCUCGCUCAAAACUUCCCCAAAUACAUGGUACCGCUUUCACGCAAGGUUGUCGUCAACUCGAGCCUCCAAGAGGAGGUCCACGCCAACCAGCUCAAAGCCCAGGCGGGUGUCAAUGCGUUCUGGGUCAACGGAGCGUCGCUCACGGAGAAGGACAUCAAUCCGCUCGGCUUGCUCCGCUUCGUCAGAAAGGAGCGCACGGUUUUGACUUCGCUAACGGCCCUCGGUCUGUCGCGGAUGGAGGCGAUUGAUCUGGUCGCACAUCCUUCCGGGAGCAGCAGCGAAAGCGCCGCCGUUAUGGACAAUCUCUUCGAUGCCAGCGACCGCCCCGAGGGAGCGAGCCGGUAUGCGGGGUGGUCGGCGAACAUCCAGACUCUUCUCCGCCCGCUGUAUCCUGGCCAGUUCCACCAGAUCAAACUGAACAUGUUCAACAUCGUGCUCGUGCUGGAUCUGUCGUCGCCGGCCAGUCUCAACAUGAUCACGGGCGCGGUGGCCAACGUCGUCAGCCGCAGCUUCCCUCUGCGGUUCGGCAUCGUGCCCAUCACCGAGACAGAGGACGGCAAGAAGAUGGCCAAGUUGUUCUACCAUGGUGUGAAGAACUAUGGCCGGAAGCGGACGAUGAGUUUCCUGACCUCGGUCAUGAAUUCGAUCACGGACGGCAAGCUCGAUUGGGAUGCCAUCAGAUUUGCGUUUUCGACCGAACUGCUGCUCAAUGAUCCCCAGGACGCCGAGGCAGCGAAGCCUGUGGACUUUGAUGCCGUUCUCGCAGAGGACAGCCCUGAAACGAUGGUGGUGGCCAAAGGGCGCAGCUAUACCGAGCGGCUUGGCGCAACACUCGCUGCUUCAAGCAAGGGACAACAGUUUCGUCAAUGGGAAGCACCUCGACGGAUUCUGGCGAGGGAUGCAGAUGGAGAUAGCACCCCAGACCCAGCACUUGCAGGAGGAACUUUACAACGGCAAGAUCACGGAGGAAACCGCCCAGCACAUCUCGACGUACUUCUACGACCAGCCCACCACCAGCCUCCGGAGAAACAAAUAUAUCUUCCCAGAGACUGCGGUCAGGAUAUUCAACCUCCCCGACACGUUCAGACGCACAGGGUUCAAGACCUGCCUGGAUCUUUUGUUUAUCCUGCGGAGACGGAAAUGCUCCCGCUGACCGUCUAUGUCGUCGCGGAUCUGGACAGCGAAGGUGGACUGGAUCUGGUCAAGGAGGCACUGCAGUCGUUCGACGAGAACUCCAAGAUGCGACUCUCCUUCAUCCACAAUCCAAGUACAGUCGAGUUGGAUCCUUCGGCAACCCCAGCCAAGCUUCUGCAGGCAUUGGAGCCCGGCUUGGUGAUUCAGAGCGACGGAACUCAGACUGCCGACGAACUCACCAGCGGAGCUGACUUCUCCUGGGACGAAUCUCAGACUGACCUGAGGCAUAAGAUUGUUGGGCCUAUUGCUUCCAAGGACUUCUCCGCGGCCGAUUUCAGAGCAUUGGAGACAUUCGAGCUGCGGAAACGAGCUGAGCCAGUGAUCGUGGCUUUGGAGACCAUCAAGCCUGAUCUCAGAGAACUGGAUCGUGCGACCUCGGCUGCACUGAUAUCUGCCUUGUGUCCAUCGUCGCCGCAUUGGAGGCACCAGAACCCGGAGGCGGAGGGAUCUUCGAUCCUCCUAAACGUCCGAGACAACGCAGCUAUCAGCUGCUGGAUGACCGAUACUCGACUUUCCAAUCCCAUCAGCGAGACUGCCCAAAAUGGGCCGGUCUACUCG